UUAUCGAAGCUAAACCGACUAGUGAAGAUGAUUGUUGUUUUGCUCGCGGUUCUAGUGAUCGCCAUUUACUAUUUCGGAACCCGCAAUCAUGACUACUGGGCCAAGAGAAAUGUCAAGCAUGACCCGCCGGUGUUCCUGUUCGGAAAUAACUACAAGGGUUUCGUUGGACAACAAAGCAUCACACAGGUAGCUAACGACCUCUACAACCGGUUCCCGAACGAGAAAGUAGUCGGCUUCUACAGGGGAUCCACCCCAGAACUAUACAUAAGAGAUCCGGAUAUAAUCAGAGAUGUAUUGAACACCGAUUUUGCUUAUUUCUACUCGCGGGGUUUUGGAAGAGAUCCAAAGGUGGAACCGUUGUCAGCUAACUUGUUCAGUGCCGAAGGAGAUCUAUGGAAGCUUCUGCGACAACGAAUAACGCCGGCGUUCACGACCGCCAAGCUGAAGGCAAUGUUCCCACUAGUGGUGCGGAGUGCCGAGCGGCUGCAGGGCGUGGCGCGCGAUGUCGCGGUCCGGUCCGAUGCAUGUGACGUACGAGAACUCAUGGCGCGCUACACCACAGAAUUUAUCGGAGCAUGUGGUUUUGGUGUUGAUGCUGAUUCCCUAGGAAACGAAAAUUCAGCCUUCAGAAACAUCGGUAGAAUGAUCUUCGCCACACCGCUCCCGAUCAUAAUCAAACAAAUGUUGUAUCAACUUUUCCCACCAAUAAGAUCAUUCCUCCAUGUCGGCAAUCCGAAGCUUCGUGAAGAAAUAUUUGAGUUGGUAAAAACCAUAAGAGAAAAUAGACAAUGUAAACCUUCUGGUCGACAUGAUUUUAUAGACCUACUUUUAGAAUUGGAAACCAAGGGAAAGAUCGUAGGAGAAUCUGUUGAACAUAGGAAUGCUGAUGGGACUCCUUUAAUUGUGGACAUGGAAAUGGAUGUCAAAAUGAUGGCUGCUCAAGUAUUUGUCUUCUUUGGCGCUGGUUUUGAAACGUCUUCAUCUGCUACAAGCUUUUUAUUGCACCAACUGGCGUACAAUCCUGAAAUACAAGCUAAGAUUCAGUCGGAGAUAGAUGAAGUGUUGCAAAAAUAUGACAAUAAGUUGUGUUACGAUGCGGUAGCAGAGAUGACAUUACUUGGUAUGGCUUUUAAAGAGGGAAUGAGGAUGUUUCCGUCGCUGGGCGUCCUGAACCGUGUCUGCGCGCGGACGUAUACAUUCCCUCAACUAGGUCUAACCAUUGAUCCUGGAGUAAAGAUUGUGAUCCCAGUGGAAGCGCUGCAGAAUGAUGAGAAGUAUUUCGACAACCCGCGGGAGUUCCGACCGGAGCGAUUCACUCCGGAAGAAAUUCAGAAGCGACACAAAUACGUGUAUUUACCUUUUGGAGACGGACCCAGAGCGUGUAUAGGAUUACGUCUAGGCGAGAUGCAGUCGCUGGCGGGGCUGGCAGCAGUGUUGCAGCAGUGCUGCGUGUCGCCAGUCGGGCGAGACCCGGCGUGUGCCGCCGCUCAAUUCCCGCUCGAACGUUGUUCAGGCUGUCCGGGGGGGAUUGCCACUCAAACUCACCAGCAGACGAUAAAGAAUUGACUAAGGACCUUACAGAUUACCUACAAAGCAUUCCGGAGUAUAGUAAACGGGAAUAAUAUUAAGAGGAUACGGUAGCGAAAAUGCUAAAAUGGAAAAUAAAUAAAUACUUAAAUAAAUAAAUAUUAUAGGACAUUCUUACACAGAUUGACUGAGGCCCACGGUAAGCUCAAGAAGGCUUGU